AUGGAUACAUUUUUGAAAAUAAAUUUACAAAUAAGAGGAGAGAAGAAUAUCAUUUUGUAUUUCACAUGCUAUUUAAUUUUAUUAGUCCUCGAUUUCAGUGACUUCUUGGAUUUUCAGGUUGUUAAGGAGGAUUAAGUCAUCUUAGAAAAAUAGUGCGUAACAAAUGCAAUAAAUAGCGUAUUAGAUAUCGAAAUAAAUUUUAACAUAUAUUACGAAAUCUGA